AUGGCUAUAGGGAAAUGGAACCCUUUUGGUCAACCUGUGUUACAAACCACUACCGACCAUCCUAUCCCGCAACCGUUGCCAAUCCCUUGCGCCGAUGGAAAGCAGUUUGGUUUAGAGAAUUUUGGCAACACCUGUUAUGCCAACUCCGUUCUACAAGCUCUAUAUUUUUGCAGUCCCUUUCGAGAUCUCGUAAUUCAGCAUACAGAUCCUAUUGUAAACCCUCCAACACCACCGAUCCCCUCAUCACCACGGACCUUGGUGUCUGCACUUCGCUCCUUGUACAUUCACAUCUCGCAGAACCCAGCUGACAAAGGCACCGUUGCCCCCCGGGCAUUCAUAGACAAACUCAAAGAAUUAAAUGAGGCGUUUAGAAAUACAAUGCAUCAGGAUGCGCACGAAUUCUUAAACUACCUCCUCAACAAGAUUGUUGAGGAAAUAGAAGAAGAAAAGAAGUUACAGCAGGUUCCUCUCGACGAUUGUAUCUCAGGCAAUCCGUCGACGGGGUCUACAUUUAUUCACCAGAUAUUCGAAGGUACACUGACUAGCGAAACUCGAUGUUUAACAUGCGAGAAUGUAUCUUCACGUGACGAAUCGUUUUUGGACCUCUCCAUAGAUAUCGAACAGAACUCGAGCGUGACAGCAUGUCUUCGACAAUUUAGCGCUAGUGAAAUGCUCUGCCAGCGAAACAAGUUCUUCUGCGACGGAUGUUGCGACCUCCAGGAAGCGGAAAAGAGGAUGAAGAUAAAGCGACUGCCCAAUGUUCUCGCUCUACAUCUCAAGCGCUUCAAGUAUCAAGAAGAUGUACAAAAGUACAUCAAGCUGGCUUAUCGCGUUGCAUUUCCCUUCGAGCUCCGCUUGUUCAACACUGUUGAUGAUGCUGAGAACCCUGAUCGACUGUAUGAACUCUUCGCCAUAGUAGUUCACAUCGGAAACGGGCCAAACCAUGGUCACUAUGUCAGCAUCAUCAAGACGUUGGGUGCCUGGCUUGUAUUUGAUGAUGAAACGGUGGAGUCGAUCAAAGAAUCCGACAUACCCAAGUACUUCGGCGAAUCCAAUUCGGGUUCCGCCUAUGUGCUCUACUACCAAGCUGUGGAU